AUAGGUAGCGCAAUACAAUAGCUAAUUCUCCAUAACUGACUUACGUCAGGGGAAUUACACGUCUUUUUGACGUAAGGGAGGUUAUAUACAUACCAUUCUUUGUUAGAAAAAUAAUUAUUUAUUGUGACAAUGACAUCCGUCAAAGAUUUGUUAAAAGAAGACGUUCAAAUUGAACAAUCUUUUAUGGAAAAUUCAGCAGAUCACAACUCAAGGUGUGGAUCACCAAAACGAGGAACUACGCUUUCGACAAGCACAAGUAGCUUCGAAGCAUUGGAUCCGCAUGAUCCAAAUCUUAGUCGUUUAGCUAAUACGAUGUUUCAAAAAACUGGUGAAUAUUUACAAGAGGAACUUACUUCCACUCAUGCCGACUAUCGUUUACUAGAACGAUUAAAUAAAGAAACUAUUGCGAAAUAUACCGAACUAAAAACAAUAUCGUCUAGUGUAGCUCAAUCUUUGGAUUCUUUAAACGAGAAAUAUAAAAAAUUACAACCAAUUUUAGAUAACAUCAAUGAAAUUGAUGAUAGUGUAACUAAACUAGAACAAGCUGCAUAUAAAUUGGCAGCAUAUUCGAAACGAUUAGAAGCAAAAUUUAAGGACAUUGAAAAAGAUACAAAAAGCAAGUAGAAUUGUAAUAGAUUAAGCUAAAAACAUGUUAAUUCGAAUAUUAUAUUAUUUAUUGUCCAAAUAAGAAAUAUAUUAAUAGAAUUAAGAUUAUAUUUUCUUUUAUGAUAAAAAUAAGAAAUAAGAAAGAACAACCAUUAAUUUUUAUUUUUGUAAUUAACUAUACUAGAAUACAGUCUCACACAGAUACACUUCUUUAUGAAGGUUUGUAAAAAUGUGUUGUGUGUUCUUUUUCUUACAUUAUAUCACAUAAUACAUUUCUAAUUAUAUUGUAUUCUACCUAUAAAUAUGUGUUAUUCUCUAUAUGGAAAAUAUGAGACCCAAUUAUAGAAGUUGCUAAAAAAUAAUAAAUAUGAAGUAAUUUGUAACAUAAAUAGAAGCCAAAAAUAAAUAUUCUUAUAUGUAACAAAAAAUAUAACUACAAUAUAUCAAUACAUAAUGCUUUCAAAAAUAAGAAUCUCCAUUAGCAUACAAUUUACUGAUUGAAAUUUGUUCGAAUUGUACAUAAUAUAAAUCUGUUCUUAUAAUUGUAUAUCAGACAGGCAUGGAUGUAUAUUUAAUAUUAUAACAGCACAUCAUUUUCCAAUACAAAUUUUCUUUAGAUAAUAAUUGAUUGUAUUACUGAAAUAUAUGGAAAGCGUAAUCAAGUAA